UUUUACCUGUUGAUUCAUAUGUAGCAAAGGCUAAAGAGUUUUACAGCGCUCUUCGACGACUACACAUAGAAUUGUGUGUCAAAUAAAUGGAUUUUCGUCUGCAAUGAGGUUAAUCAUUUUCUUCAUCUACAUGCCUUUGGUUUACUCAGAGUUACACAGAUUUUUGACCGCUUACACCAGAAUAAGCGGCCAGACGUUUGCAGAAAUCCCAGAGUUUUUUGCUGUAACGACACUGGAUGAUCAACAGAUCGAUUAUUAUGACAGUAACAAAAAGAAGCUGAUUCCCAGACAGGACUGGAUGAAGGAGUUUGCAUCUACAGAACUGUGGAAGGAAUACACUGAUAUCAGAGAAAAACUACAGCAGAUCUACAAAAUCAACAAUUAUGUUCUAAAAGAGGAAUUCACUCAGUCAGAUGGAGUUCAUGCGUAUCAGAGGAUGUAUGGCUGUGAUUGGGAUGAUGAGACUGGAGACUCACAUGGGUUUGAUCAGUACGGUUAUGAUGGAGAAGAUUUCAUCUCACUGGACCUGAAGGAGAACAGAUACAUCUCACCUGUACCACAGGGAAUACCCACAGUGAUGAAGUGGAAUAAUGACAGAGAACAGCUUGAAACCUUACAACAAUACUUUGGACAUGAGUGUGUUUACUGGCUGAAGGAGCUCUUACAUUUGUCUAAAGCUACUUUUAAGAAAACAGAGCCUAAAGUGUCUCUGCUGCAGAAGAACCUUGCAGAAGAUGUGGAGUGUCACGUCACAGGCUUUCUCUUCAAAAACGCAAGCAUCUUGUGGAGAAAAAAUGGACAAGCUAUGAGCGAUUCCAGUAAACUGGAGUCUAGAGACACACUUCCAAAUGAGGACGGGACCUUCCAGAGGACUGUUGCCCUGUAUGUCCUUCCUAACAAAUGGAAGAAGGACCGGUACACCUGUGUGGUCGAGCACAAGAGUUUGACUGAGACAAUCCAGAAGAUUCUGACUGAGGAUCAGAUCAAGAGGAACAGUGAGUUUAAACAUGGUUAAUUUUUCUACCUGUACAUUUUACUUAUUUUAGCG